GCCGGCCGGCUGCCCUGCCCGGCUAUAUAAAAGCGGCGAGGACGCUGGCCUCUUCCUCUAGUUCCGCCCGCCCAAGCCCACCACCGAAGCUGCCGAGCUUUGCUUCCAGCACUCAUCCGCUCGAUCCGUACCAACAAACAAAACGAACUCAGACUCGAUCUCUCACACGUUACUAAUCGCCUGCUCGCUAGCUAUAGCUCACCUCACCAUGCAGGCGCAGUCCCGCCUCGGCGUGAUGAGCGGCGGCGGCGGCAGCAUGUCGGCGUCGGAGGGCGAGCACGAGGCGGUGAUCCGCGAGCUGACGCGCGGGCGGCAGCUGACGGCGCGGCUGCGGGCGGAGGCCCUGCGCGCGCUGCGCGGGCAGGGCCAGGCCGAGGCCACCGCCGCAUUAAUCCUGCAGGAGGUGUCCCGCGCCUUCACUGUCUGCCUCAACAUCAUGGGCUCGCCCGCCGGCGCCCCGCCGCCCCCGCCUGAAAUGCCCACUGGGCUGGGCGCCGUCGUGGACGCCGCCGCGGCCGCGCCUUCCCUGCUCGGCCCGCCGCGCCGGAGCCGGGAGGACAGCAUCCCCAGACAGCAGACGGUGACACCCUCGCCGCACUACGACGGGUACCAGUGGAGGAAGUACGGCCAGAAGAGGAUCACCAACACGCGCUACCCAAGGUGCUACUACAGGUGCAGCUUCCACCGCGAGCGCGGCUGCCGCGCCACCAAGCAGGUGCAGCAGUGCAGCGGCGGCGACCAGCCCCAGUACCUCGUCCUGUACUUCAACGACCACACGUGCGACACGGCGGCGGCCCGGGAGCCCGAGGCGGCGGCGACGACGCGGCUCGACCUGCUGCCCGGGGCCGCCCUGCUGGCGCCGCGCCGCGGCGGCCUGCUGGACGAACGCGGCGUCCAGGAGGAGCACGAGCGCCAGGUGCUCGUCUCGUCGCUCGCGCGCGUGCUGGGGGGCCAGCACCAGUUCCACCAGCAGGCUCCUCCCGCACCUGAUGCUGCGGCGGCGGCCACCAGCGCCGCCGUCGCCGUCAGCGUGGAGCCGGCGCCGGUCGUUGACGCGGCUUCGGGGAUGCCGCGGAUUGACGUGGACGUGGUGGGGCUGGAUGUCAUGGACUACGACGACGUGGCGGGCGAGCUGUGCUUCGGCUAUUCCUACGGCCUACCUGGCGGCGGCGGCUUGUUGCCGUUUUGAGGGCGCAGGCGGCGGCGCCAACUAUUCUCGCGCAACGCGGGUUGGUCAGAGUGUCAGACUCGGGAGGGUUCAGAGACUUCAGACCAGGCCCGACGACGGAUCACUGAAUCUUCGGUGUACAGUGAUCUGCAAUGACUACUGCUGCUACAGAUACACGUUUGGGCAUACCGUGUCGUAGAAAAGUACUGUAAUUAGUGCAAGAGUUAAGUUAUAGUACUUGCACUAGAGUACGACCGGGGGUUGCGUCUCUCCAGUUUAAGUUUUGGUCAGGCUGGCGUGAUUAAUUUCGCACGUGCUUUUGUGUCUCAUCAACCAGCACGUAGUAGUAUACCCGUUUCAUGUCAAGUAGUAGUUCUUUAUCGUUUGGCUAUAAUUUUUUUUUUGCAAUGUUUUACAUGCACCGCUACGGGCAAAAGAAAAGGUAUACCAGCAUAUAUAUGCAUAAUCUUAAACCUUGUCAAUUUUGUUGCCAUUCUA